AUGUAUCCUCUGAAGGAAAUGGAAGGGAUGAUCUGUAUAUCGAGUUAUGGAACUUAUAUGCCGGAACCGAAUCAACCUGAGCCAACAACUCCUGAUGAAUGCACUCUUGAGCCUCAAAGACCUACCGUCCACUCAUUCUGCAAGGUUUUAACAGCCUCAGAUACAAGCACCCAUGGAGGGUUUUCUGUUCGAAAACAUGCCACUGAAUGCCUUCCUCCACUGGACAUGAACCAGGCAACGCCAACCCAGGAAUUGGUUGCAAAGGAUCUUCAUGGUUAUGAGUGGCGCUUUAAGCAUAUAUUCAGAGGCCAACCAAGGAGGCAUUUGUUGACAACAGGAUGGAGUACAUUUGUAACUUCAAAGCGAUUAGUCGCUGGUGAUUCCUUUGUGUUCCUAAGAGGAGAGAAUGGGGAGCUUCGUGUCGGAGUUAGGUGUGUAGUUCGCCAACAGAGCAACAUGACGUCGUCAGUGAUAUCAAGUCAGAAUAUGCACUUAGGAGUGCUUGCAACUACAUCUCAUGCUGCUUCAACUCAGUCCCUCUUUGUUGUCUACUAUAAGCCAAGGACAAGUCAGUUCAUCAUUGGGUUGGACAAAUAUUUAGAUGCCCUUAAUAGUAAGUUUGCAGUUGGCAUGAGAUUUAAGAUAAGAUGUGAAGGGGAAGAUUCUCAUGAGAGAAGGUUUUCUGGAACAAUUGUUGGAGUUGAAGACUUUUCUCCUCACUGGAAAGAUUCAAAAUGGCGUUCAUUGAAGGUACAAUGGGAUGAGCCUACCUCUAUUCAGAGGCCUGAUAGGGUUUCACCAUGGGAGAUAGAACCCUUUGUUGCUCCAAUUCCACUGGCUCUAGCUCAACCGAAUGCAACUAAGAACAAAAUGCCUCGACCGCCCGCUGAAAAUCCUGCUCUACAUAUGUCAACAACAGCAUCAACUCCUUGGAAUAUUGGAGUUAUGCACUUAGCACCUUCCAGCAGAUGUGGAUUUCCAAGGUGUCAUGGGACUUGA